UUGCCCUCGCCGAUGCCCCAUCCCCCCGCGAUUCCUAGAUCAGAGGCUGGGAAGCUGGUGCUGAUGAAUGUCCUCCUUGCCACUUUCAGUGCUAGGAUCGUGAUUAGUCCUAUUUAUAGGGGCCCUCGCCUUAAUAUUCUGCUUGGCGCUUCUCUUGCCAAUCAAAUCAGUACCGUCUUCAGCGUGAUUGUGCUCCAGUGGCACCGGGGAGCCGAGUUAAUUAAACCAAAUAUAAAUAGACUGCCGUUGCCUCGAAAUUUACUGGAGUGUUGCUCCCUUUCCACCUCUUCUCGCCCUCCCCUUGUCCCCUCUCCCCUCCCCCGCCCCCAUCACCUCCAGGCCUGACACACUCACCCUGCUUUCCUGUCUGCAGGCCUGCAUCCCCUGAGCCAAUCUGAGCCGCCCCCCGCACCAGGCUUUGGUUUCCCCGGCCAAGCCAGAGAGGGAAUGCAAAAGGUGGACUUGGAGUAGCUCGGCUGGGCACCCCCCUCCUACUUCGCCCCCAGUCUCACGUUCUUAGCAGCAUCUCUAAGGCACCAUGACCACCAUGGCUCAGUCCCAUUACCUGGAGGGCCAGGCCUAUUCUGUGCCCCUGAUCCAGCCAGAUCUUCGAAGAGAAGAGGCAAUUCAGCAAGUGGCAGAUGCCUUACAGUACCUCCAGAAGGUAUCUGGUGACAUCUUCAGCAGGAUUUCCCAACGAGUAGAAAUGAGUCGCAGCCAGCUGCAAGUCAUUGGAGAGAGAGUCUCUCUGGCUCAGGCCAAGAUCGAGAAAAUCAAAGGCAGCAAGAAGGCAAUUAAGGUGUUCUCUAGUGCCAAGUAUCCAGCCCCAGAUAGACUGCAGGAGUACAACUCCAUCUUUGAAGGAGCUGAAGAUCCUGGGUCUCAGAGGCGCAUCCGACAUAAGAUCCAGAGCAAACACCGACCCCUAGAUGAAAGGGCCCUGCAGGAAAAGCUGAAGUACUUCCCUGUGUGUGUGAGCACCAGACCCCAGCCUGAGGAUGAGGCCGAAGAGGGACUUGGUGGCCUUCCCAGCAACAUCAACUCCCUCAGCUCCUUGCUGCUCUUCAACACCACGGAGAACCUGUACAAAAAGUAUGUCUUUCUGGACCCUCUGGCUGGGGCUGUGACAAAGACUCAUGUGACAUUAGGGACAGAGACUGAGAAAUUGUUUGAUGCCCCCUUAUCCAUCAGCAAAAGGGAGCAGCUGGAGCAGCAGGUGGCAGAGAAUUACUUUUACGUACCCGAUCUGGGCCAAGUACCUGAGAUCGAUGUGCCAUCUUACCUUCCUGACCUUCCUGGUAUUGCUGAUGACCUCAUGUACAGUGCUGACCUAGGCCCUGGCAUAGCACCUUCUGCCCCUGGCACCAUUCCUGAGCUACCCACCUUCAACACAGAGCUUGCUGAGCCUUUUAAGCCAGAACUAGAUGGCGAUACACCAGUAGCACCCCCACCGCCUCCACCCCCACCUCCGCCUCCUCCACCAGCCCCUGCAGUGUUGGUCAGCGCGCCUCCGCCCCCACCGCUGCCCCAGCUCACCCCUGCCCCAGCAGCCAGCGAGGACAGCAGCAACACGUGCCCUUCAGUGCCCCCCAAGGAAGUAGUGGAUCCUUCCGGAGGUCGGGCAAACCUGUUAGAGUCAAUCCGCCAGGCUGGAGGUAUCGGCAAGGCCAAGCUACGGAGCGUGAAGGAACGAAAGCUGGAGAAAAAGAAGCAGAAGGAACAGGAACAAGUGAGAGCCACAAGCCAAGGUGGUGACCUAAUGUCAGAUCUCUUCAACAAACUAGUCAUGAGGCGCAAAGGCAUCUCAGGGAAAGGACCUGGGGCAAGCACUGGGGAAGGACCUGGAGGAGCCUUUGCCCGAAUGUCAGACUCAAUUCCACCCUUACCGAUGCUACAGCAACCACCUGGAGAGGAAGAUGAGGAUGAAUGGGAUUCAUAGGAGGCCCCUGCUUUCCUUGGAAGGCACAUCUGAGCUCUUGCCCCAAAUCAAAUGAAACAUGUAUCCCCUUAAAGUUUAACUCUAAUUUAGUUCUUAUUAAAGAUUCCUCAGCUCAUCCUGGAGAUGAAACAUGUAUCA